AGAGACUGGACCGACCCAUGUUGUUUCUGAAUAAAGCAGUGCUGUUUCCUGUGACCAGUUCUGCAUUGCUGGGAGUGGAGGAAGGCCCAUGUGAGACUGUCAACCUGACAGUGGAAUUGGGGUCAAGUGCCAAGCUUUUGCUGCCCGGACUUUGCUCUAACACCACUGUAAAAUCCUUGGACUUGAAGGGGAACAACCUGCAAGCCGUGGGUGCUGAGGCCUUGGGGAAACUCCUCCAGCAGAACAAAUCCAUCCAGAACCUGGUCCUGGAGUGGAACAGCCUGGGCGUGUGGGAGGAAGGCUUCUCGCUCUUCUGCCAGGGGCUGAGCACCAACCGCUCCCUGCAGCGCCUGGACCUGCGCAACAAUCAGAUCAACCACGAGGGUGCAGGGGAGCUGGCUGCUGCACUGAAGAGCAACUCCAGCCUGCAGGAGCUGGAUCUGCGCUGGAACAAUGUGGGACUCCUGGGCGGCCGAGCGCUGCUGAACUGCCUGCACAGCAACAGGACCCUGCGGCACCUUGAGCUGGCAGGAAACAACGUCCCCAGCGACAUCCUGAAGGCUGUGGGUGCUCUGGCUGCUCUUGGCAUGGAAAUGUUCACUCUCACUCCUGCCCUGUCUACCUCAGAGCAAGCCAUGGACCACAACCAGGACCGCCAGAGCAUCCUCGCUGAGAACCAGAGCCGGACCCACGUGCUCAGCAAGGAGGUCCUGAGCCUGAAGGAGGAGAAGGCCAAGCAGUUUCUGAAUUUGAUGGACACCAUAGACAGACAGAGGGAAGAAAUAACCAGGAGCAGCAGGCAGUCAUCAGCACGGGUUGGGCAGCUCCAGGAGGCCCUGGCAGAGCGGCACUCCAUCGUGAAUUCACUGAAGGCCAAGUUGCAGAUGGCAGAAGCUGCCCUGGCACUGUCUGAGCAGAAGGUGCACGACCUGGGGGAGCUGCUGAGCACUGCCAAGCAGGAGCAGGCCACCAUGGCCGAGCGCCAGGCAAAAGAUCUCCAGCAGCAGAAGCAGGAAGCAGCUGAUCGGGAAACAAAGCUUCUCCGGGACCUGUCUGCUGCCAACGAGAAAAACCUGCUUCUGAGGAACCAGGUGGAUGAGCUUGAGCGGCGGGGCAAGGCCCAGCAGGACCAGCUCUUCCAGCUGAAGCAGGACUUGACCAAUACAGUAGCAGAUCUGAGGCUGCGGGCUGUGAAGGCCGAAGAACGCCUGGACAUGGAGAAGAGGAGGUUCAAGCAGGGCCUCGAUGAUGUGGAGUUCCUUCGGCAGAAAGAGGUGGACCACAUGACGCAGCACAUGGAGGCGAGCGAGCGCUCCAUGCAGGAGCGCAUCCAGCGGCUGGAGGCUGUCCGCAUUGGGCUGGAAGAGGAGCUGAGUCGGGUCAAAGCCGCAGCGCUUGUGGAACGAGGCCAGGCAGAGGAGGAGUUGAUCAGAGCCCGGAGCCAGGCCAGGCUGGAAGAGCAACAGCGGCUGGAGCACCUGGAGGAGAAGCUACGGCUGAUGAUGCAGUCACGUGACGAGGCCCAGGGCCGCUGCUUGCAGCAGAAGCAGGCAGUCGGGGAGGCCCAGGCCAGGGCCAGCCAGCUGAGCCUGCAGGUGGAGAGUCUUCAGCGGCGGGUGGAGGAGCUGCAGCAGGACCUGAGCAGCAAGGAGCAGGAGAAGGUGGCAGAGGUGAACAAGGUACGCGUGGAGCUGCAGGAGCAGGUUGGGCGCCUGCAGGCCGAGCAGACAGCUCAGGAAGGGCUGCGGGAGAAGAUUGCAGCCUUGGAGCGGCAGAUGAAAGUGUUGUCCAGCAACCACCGCGAGGCCCUGCUAGACAAGGAGGGGGAGAUGGCUGCUCUCCUGGAGAGGCUGCGGACCAAGGAUGCAGAGAUCUCCCGGAUGAGGGAGGAGGCGGCACAGCGCGCUAGCUUCCUUCAGAACGCCAUCCUGGCCUACGUGCAGGGGUCCCCGCUGGGCACCCUCAGCCCCAGGAAGUGACCAGGCGAAUACACCCGAGCCUGUGGCGCUACUGUCAAACGGGGUGAGCAGCCCCGGCACCGCCCCCAGCCCCAGGGGGCUGGCUUCUCAGCGGGGUCUGGCUCUUCUAGGGCACAAACAGUGCCCCUGGCUCCCCUGAGCCAUGCCCAGAUUCUGCUGCUGGCCUGAGUGCUGCCCCCUUUGCCCCCCCCCCUGGAGCUGGCUGGACCUUCAGCAUGAUGAAUGGUGCCACUUCCUCCUGGACCCGCUGCACAGCCCCAGGCCAGGGCUGUUGCACAGGAGCGCUUGGCCCUGGGCCGCCCCCC